AUGAUGAAAAUUGGACUCAUUGAUUAUUUCUGUAAAAUUAAUUUAUUAAUUAUUAUCAAGAAUGUAAUAAAUUUCUCAAACGAUUUAAAAAGAACAAAGUAAUAAUUUAGUCAAAAAAAUUAAUAUUAGCCAGUAUCCAAUAUUUUAGUUAUGCUGAAAUUUAAAAUUUAAAGUCAACUAAUAGAAGUAGUCAAUUUAUUGAUUAAUUCAAAAAUUUCAAUGUUGAUAUAUUAUGCUUAUAAGAGGUUGAUAAUCUUAAAUUUUAUCAAGAACCUAAAGAUAAACUUAAUUAUGAUAUCUGCUACUUAAAAAGACCUGAUUGACCAGAU